GGUAUAUACCAGUAAAUUCUUUGUUUUGGUUUUCAUUCAGAACUUUGUGAAAAUUGACUUAAAUUUCUUAGUCUGCCUGAAGUUCUUUUGAUUGAAAAUAACUUUCUUAAGAGCAGUGCAGAAUGUCGCACCGCCACCAGGACAUUCCCAUCCGCCCACGCUACGGUUAUGUGGCCGAAGAGAGUGGCCCUGUGGAAGGAGCCAGGAGUUCCGGAUCCGGAGCCACGCCCGCCUCCUCCUACACGGAAAUUCCGUUCCUGGCCCAGUAUCCGGGAGCGGUGCCGGAGCACGUGCUCCAGGAUCUGACGCCCACGGCCACUGGCCAUGCUGCGAUUCCCGGAAGCUCAAAGACAAGACCCAACGGCGAGAACUACCUCAACCUGGAUUCCGGCGAGGAUCCCGACGAGGAAGACGAUCCCUUGGAGGAGGAGGACAACAGCAACUCGAAUAGCAACUCCAAGGGCAGUUCCGGCGACAUCGAGAGGCCCAGACUGAAGGCAGAGAGCACUGUGCCCUACGAGCUGGAGGGCGAAACCAGUGACUCAGACGGAAUGCGGCACUUUGUGGCCCACGACCUAGAGGCCAAGUUGCGCGAGCGAGUGACUGCCUCGUCCUACUCCUCGGAGCACACCACGCCCCUGAGCUCCAUGGGUCCCAUUGGAGCCACUUCCGGCAACGGUCUGCUCACGCGGCGGUUCCUGCAGUCGCGCAACAUUCCCGAAGUGGACGGCAGCGUCUUGAGCGACAUCGAACUGGAGGCCCAGUACUUGGCUAGCUCGGUGGACAAUCUGAUGGAGAACCUGGGCAACCUGCUGCACUCGAUCUCCUCCAUAACGGCCGACAACGUGGAAGUCCACCGCAGCGCCGUCAACAAGCUGACGGACACCUUGGACGCGAACAUCAAGUGCCAGUACCAAUUGCUGGCCAAGGCGGAGGAAAUCACCAAGUCGAUGAAACCCACAGAGCAGCUGGGUCAGCGCAUAAGGCAGAUCAAACGGCUGGUGGACAUGUUGGACAGCACCAUGUAAAAUACGGCUAAGCUAUCCUGUGAUCAACCAAUCAAAAAGAUCUUGUGUUUCUAGUCAUUCCGUAAAUACAUAUAGUGUUAUAAAAUCCAUAUGGAAAGAUA